AUUAUUUCUACAUACUGGAAGAGUUACGGUAUUUGGUUUCAAAUUGAAUUUUUUCUUGAUUACAGAUCCAUAGAAACAUAGAAUUGUUACAACUUUCAUGAAAAAUUAUCAGUCCAUGGGCCAUGGCAGACGAUCCGGAGCAACGAAGAUUGCAAGCCCUACUCCGUUUUGCCACUGAAGCUGGAAGUCAUGGCAGUGAACCGGUAUCUGGAGCAGACAACGAUCCAGCAGAUAGAGCGUGGUUAAAUGAAGCUCUCCAAGAUUAUGCUUCAGGUAUAUUUGACCCGGUCAAAUACAUGAAGCAGCAACUGUCCAUCGUGUACAGAUAUUUGCAAAGUGGAGAGAAUGCAGAUUCAUCAAAUAGGCACAGUGACAUAAAGUUAGAAGAUGUACACCACUCAUUAGAAGAGGUAUCAGAUAACUGUGAUCGAUAUGAUUUAGCUUCAGACCUUCAUAAAAUUGGCGGAUUUGAUGUUUUGCUCCAGUGCCUUAAAUACAAAGAAUCAGGUAUAUGCUGGAGAGCAUGUGAUGUCAUUGCAACUGCUGCUCAGAAUCAUGAAUAUUGUCAGAAUGCUCUUGUGGAAAUGAAAUUUCUCCCAGUAUUGUUACGACUGAUUGAUGACACAUCAGCAGGUGACAAAGUGAGGGAAAAGGCUUUUUAUGCUCUGUCCUGUACAUUACGUGGCAAUGAUGAUGCUGUGGAUCAUCUCGAAAACAAUGAUGGAUUUUCAGUAUUAGUUCGAGCAAUGCAAAGUGAAGUUCCAAAACUCAAAAUGAAAUGUGUGUUCUUUGUUAAGUCAUUAUGUGAAGAUGACACUAAGUAUGCCAGGAUUUUUCAUGAGCGAGGAAUAGAACAGCAAAUCGUCGGAAUGUUGAGGGAUCAUAACAUCGAGAAAGAUGAUCCGGAAAAUUUAAAUAUCGUUGAAAAUGUCCUUGGAUGUCUUUGUUCUUUAAUACUAACUUUCGAAAAAUCAAAGAAAGAAUGCCAAGAUACAAGCUUUGGUCUGGCUCCACUUUUACGUCAAAUGAAGGAAAAGUUUAAAUCUGGUACUGGAGAGUUUGACGAAUGCAUACGAUUCUGUGAUUUGAUAUCAGAAGCUUGUUUUAAUGAUGAUGAUACAGGCGAAGACCGUUGAAGUGGCAUUAAAUGGUGUAACACCAGAGGAGUAAAGUAAUAACAGCAGCAAGGGGAAAAUGAUGACAACAGUUACUCAAGGCAGAGACUAGAUUACUGCGAACUUUCUAUAUUAAUAAAUGAGUAA